CUUAAAUUCUAUCUUCAUGAUCACUGAUCAGUACUCUUUUUCUAGAUUUUUGUUCAGAUAUUUUCAGACCUCCCCCACUGCCUUUCCAGUUUAACCAAAUUCUUAAAUACCCCCUUCUCACAAUUACCUCACAACAUCCCCAAGAACCAUAUCAUACAUUUCAAUGGCAGCCAUUGCCACCACCCUCACUUCUUCACUCUCUUCAAACCCAAAACUAUCUUUUCUGGAUCACAAGUCCUCCUUCCAUGGCACACCCGUCGCUUCUCGCGUCGCGCCCAUCAAAUCUACCCCACAAAACUCCACCAUUUCCAUGUGUGUAGCCCCACCAUACGACCUCAAGUCUUUCAAAUUCCAGCCCAUCAAAGAAUCCAUCGUCUCACGUGAAAUGACUCGCCGAUAUAUGAUGGACAUGAUCACUCACGCUGAUACCGAUGUUGUCAUCGUCGGCGCCGGCUCGGCUGGUCUCUCAUGCGCUUAUGAGCUCAGCAAAAACCCCUCCAUCCGUAUAGCCAUAAUCGAACAAUCCGUUAGCCCCGGUGGCGGUGCAUGGCUCGGUGGCCAGCUGUUUUCCGCCAUGGUUGUGCGUAAACCAGCUCACAGGUUUCUCGAUGAGCUUGGCAUUGAGUACGAUGAGCAGGAUAACUACGUCGUGAUCAAGCACGCAGCUUUGUUCACGUCCACAAUCAUGAGCAAGCUACUGGCCAGGCCUAACGUGAAGUUGUUCAACGCUGUGGCGGCUGAGGAUUUGAUAGUGAAGGGAAAUACAGUAGCCGGUGUGGUGACGAACUGGGCGUUGGUGUCAAUGAACCAUGACACUCAGUCGUGCAUGGACCCGAAUGUGAUGGAGGCCAAGGUGGUGGUGAGCUCGUGUGGGCACGACGGGCCGUUUGGAGCCACCGGAGUUAAGAGGCUGAAGAGUAUCGGAAUGAUUGACAGCGUUCCGGGGAUGAAGGCCCUUGACAUGAACGUGGCCGAGGAUGCUAUUGUUAGGCUUACUAGGGAGAUUGUCCCCGGCAUGAUCGUUACUGGGAUGGAAGUUGCGGAAAUUGACGGUGCCCCAAGAAUGGGUCCAACAUUUGGGGCGAUGAUGAUAUCGGGGCAGAAGGCAGCGCACUUGGCAUUGAAGGCAUUGGGGCAGCCCAAUGCAAUCGACGGGACAUACAGCGAUGCGGCCGGGAGCACACAACCAGAUUUUGUUCUUGCUGCUGCUGAGGCUGGGGAGAUUGUAGAUGCGUAAAUGAGAGAAGGGAUUUUUUAUGAUUAAAAUUUGGAUGAAAAUAGGCCAUUUUGGUAGGGAUUAUUGCUGGGUUGAAUUUAAUUUGUGUUGAAUUGAUCAGUUCCAAUCCAAUAAGCAAGCAUAUACUAUUGGACAUAAA